AUGGAGACGGAUUCCCCUGUUAUAACCAAGUACAGAUGUGGUGACACUAAAAGGGACGAGCUUUCUUUGUCAUAUCCCAUAGGGAGACGGAGGUAUUCCCACGUCAGGACCAAGUACAGAUGUGGUGACACUAAAAGGGACGAGGUUACUUUGUCAUAUCCUAGAGAAAGACGGAGGGAUUCCCACGUCAGGACCAAGUACAGAUGUGGUGACACUAAAAGGGACGAGGUUACUUUGUCAUAUCCCAGAGGGAGACGGAGGGAUUCCAAUGUCAGGACCAAGUACAGAUGUGGUGACACUAAAAGGGACGAGCUUUCUUUGUCAUACCCACGAUGGAGACGGAGGGAUUUCCUUGUUAGGACCAAGGACAGAUGUGGUGACACUAAAAGGGUCGAGGUUACUUUGUCAUAUCCUAGAGAAAGACGGAGGGAUUCCCACGUCGGGACCAAGUACAGAUGUGGUGACACUAAAAGGGACGAGGUUACUUUGUCAUAUCCUAGAGGGAGACGGAGGGAUUUCCCUGUUAGGACCAAGUACAGAUGUGGUGACACUAAAAAGGACGAGGUUACUUUGUCAUAUCCUAGUUGGAGACGGAGGGAUUCCCACGUCAGGACCAAGUACAGAUGUGGUGACACUAAAAGGGACGAGGUUACUUUGUCAUAUCCUAGAGGGAGACGGAGGGAUUUCCCUGUUAGGACCAAGUACAGAUGUGGUGACACUAAAAAGGACGAGGUUACUUUGUCAUAUCCCAGAGGGAGAGGGAGGGAUUCCCACGUCAGGACCAAGGACAGGUGUGGUGACACUAAAAGGGACGAGGUUACUUCUAGAGUGUGA